CCCGGCCAAGCCUCAGACCUCAUCACACGGGCUCCAGCGAGCGGCGCGAAGAGCUUCGGUCAGAUUCAAGGCAGCAGCGUCAGCCGCCGGAUCCGCGGCGAGGCACUCAGCGAUAUGACGACUCGACCAUAAGCCGUGCUCGCCAACCUCACAUGCAGCAGUCACCGCCCGAUGUUCCCGAAGACGACGAGACGGACUCAGACGAUCGUCCGCAAACACGCGGGCAUAACAAGCUCCAGCAACGCAGGACCAGACGCAAGCCGGGGCGAAGGGAUGCAGAAGGCCCGGACAUCAGCACCCAGCCUCAGGGACAUGUCACUCGGGAACGCGGUGGCAGCACGAGCGAUGGAAGGCGUCGCCUGGAACGGCCUCGAAUCGAACGAGAGGAAGACUCGUGGGGAAUGAACCAGAACCCCAACGCCCAGCAGUACCCGCAACGUGGUCAGCGCGAGCGAGACGACUACCGCCCCACCGAUCAUGGCGCGCAGUCCGACCGCGAGUACUAUCAACGUCCACCAGUACUGCGGGGCGACUCGAAACAACGCAUGCAAGCGCAAAGACAGCCGCCCAGGCGCGAGCGGGACGUGGAAAAGUAUCAGAUCGGAAGCGACGACGAGUUGGAAAUCGCGAAUAUGUACAAGCAGGCUCUGAUCCUGUCAUGAUCUCACCCAGAGGUUCGAACCUUCCUCUAUUAUAUCGGCAAACAACACACCCGUUAUGUAGUCACGAAUGUUCAUGAUG